AUCAACACAGCUCUCAUCUGUUUAGGCUAGUCGCCGCUUUUGUCAGAAAUAGAAACGCGAGUGAAAGGACGGUUUUGGAGGAGAAUCCUCGAGUUUCAGCGAGCAGACUGUAGUUGGUGAAAAAGAGACUCUCCAAGAAAAUGCCUAACACAGGCAUCCUUUGCGCCACAUUGGUUUUGGCAUUGAUCGGCUUGGGUUUUGCCUUGGAUUGCUAUAAGUGUACCACUGGCACCCCAUGCCAGGUUACAACAUGUAUGGCUGGCGAAGACUCCUGUUUGAGUAUGGAGUCCUCAGCGGGAUUUGUGAAGCAGUGCAUUAAGUAUGACGACUGUAACAAGGAGACGUUGAAAGCCCGUUUCCCCCAGAUGACAGGAGCUACCAGUUUUUACUGCUGCAACAGGAAUUUGUGCAAUGGUACCCCGUCAACUACUCUGACAUCACCAGUACUGUUGAUCCUGGCUGCGGCUUUGUUUGUCGUGUGGCUCCCCUUUGGACAUGUAUAAAGUUGUGCAAUCAGCUGCACUCCUUGUUCAGGAAAAGUUUCUUU